AUGUGGAAGAGCGUGGCCCUGGUGUCGGUGCUCGUCUCGGUGGCCAAGUCUUCGUCUGCGGACAUCUCAGGCGUGGCCUAUGCAACCGAGCCAUGGGAAGCCACCUUCAACAUCGACCUUGAUGGCCAGGAAGGCGGUGAUCAGGCGACCUUCACUGUCCGCGUCCAUCCGGACUGGGCGCCUGAGGGUGCGAAGCGCUUCCAGGACAUGGUCCACAGCGGCUCAGUGCUGACCGGCGCCCGCUUCUUCCGGGUGGUGCCUAACUUCAUGGUGCAGUUCGGCAUCCCUGGCAACCCGACAGUUGCCGGCGAGUGGCGCCAGAAGACCAUCCCAGAUGACAAGGUCCUGAAGGGCAACAGGAUCGGCCGCAUGACCUUCGCCACCGCCGGCCCCAACACACGCACGACGCAGCUGUUCAUCAACACCGCGGACAACAGCUUCCUGGACAACCAGGGCUUCGCUCCCUUUGCAGAAGUCCUGGGCGACGGCAUGGAUGUGGUGAACCAAAUUCAGAGCAAGUAUCGUGAGAGGCCCAACCAGGGCGCAAUCCAGUCCAUGGGCAACUCCUACCUCCAGAAGGAGCCUUCGGGCAAGACGCCCGGUGGGUCUGCUAUUAGCAAGAGUAACCUUCGUUUCUUCCCAGACGACCAUCUCGGUGAGUGGAGCUCGCCUCUCCGGGUGGCACGCUGGCAUCAGUCGUCUAGCGAAAGGCAUGCAAAGGCUGCCGAGACUGAUGGCAACAGUGAGUAUGAUGUUCCCCGGACUUCCGACGAGAGUGCUGCCGGUGAGGAUCUGGAAGGGCCAAUCUUCCCAGCCCGCGCUACAACCCACUUGGAAGAAGGACAGUUGGUGAAGAUCCGUGAUUGUGACCACCAAGAGGUCGCACGGCUCUUCGACGCUGCCGGAACGCAUUGGAACCCUCGAAUGGCUGCAUGUCUCGGAUCGGGCGGCACGGUGGAGCAUGCUGGGUUUCCGGACAGACGUGUAAGGGUGGUGCCACAUGAGGGCCGGGCUUGGACAUGGCCCGUGGCGAUGCUGAAGCCGCUGGACUGCCGAUGUGGCCGCAAGAUCAUCAAGACCCACGUGAUACCCCCAGGACACGUCUGCGACGCCUGCCAGCGCGACUUCGACGAGGAGCCCUUGGUUGCGUGGCGCUGCCCAGCCUGCGACUUUGACCUGUGCGAGUCGUGCGCGUCCAAGAAGGCAGCCCUCUUCGUGGGCCAGCACGUCAAGGUUCGCAGCUUGCCGGUUCACGAGGCACGCAGACUCUGUCGAGGUGUAGCGGGCUGGGUUGACAGCAUGACAUCCGUCCUCGGUGCCGUCGGGGAAAUUGAGAACAUCGAAGCGGAUCACUGCGACAUGCGGUUCCACCUCGACGAUGGCUCGUCGCGCAGGGUGUCAUGGGUGUUCGGACUUCUGGAGUACCUGCAAUGUCCGCGCAACCAUGACUUCCAGCCGAAAGUCCUCAUCCAUGGUGAGGAGACGACCGCAUGCAAAAGGUGCGGCGAGCAGAUAGAACACCAUCGACGUUUCUACUGCUGCGCCAGCUGUGACUACGACUUGUGCCAGACCUGUGCCGGAAGGCCAACUCGUCCACCAGAUGAGCCAGAGGGCAAUCUGCAAGUUGGUGACCGGGUUCGCGCAUUGCGGGAGAUCCGCGAGUCAGGUGCACGAGUGCAACCGGGUACUCUCGGCACUAUACUGUAUAGUGCCGCUGAUGAUGACGAGGUACAGAUCCGAUGGGAUAAUGGAUACCAAAACAACGGCCUCCGACGAGGGCAGGAUUUUCAGCGGGUCUUGCCCCACAUUACCGUCGGCUCUGUUGUAAGAGUUCGAGACGCGGUGUCUUCCCCGACACAUGGCUGGGGGCACGUGCAGCGGGGCGAGCGCGGCCGCGUCAGGGAGAUCGAUGGCCGUUCGUUGGUGAUUGAUUUUCCAUCGCACUCGGGUUGGAACGCUGAAAUGGGAGAGGUCGAGCUUUGCGAGGACGAAGCCACUGACACUGCGACCUUGAGUACAGAAGACUUCCAGCGAGGUAUGCGGGUCAGAUGCAUCCGGGAUGAUGUUGCUGCCGAUUGGUCGGGAUGUCCUCCCCAGAGACUCCACUUCAGCUACGGAACCGUCUUCACUAUCGGUGAGAUUCAGGGGCGCUUUUUCCGACCGCGGGAGUUCGAGAGUCUAUGGGCCCCGCUCAGUGCAGUUCGACCAGCCGCUGGGGCCGAGGCUGGAAGGCGCGGUGGCAGAAUCAGAGCCGAAACGGAUGGCCAGGAGUCGCAAGUCCGGAGUGGCCAUGACGAGGAGUGGCUGGAUGCAGAGGCAGCGCAAGUCUUCAACUGCCCGAUCUGCAUGCUUGUUUGCAGGCAAGCCCUGAUGCAUUCCUGCAGAGUCAUCACCUGCGAGUCAUGCUGGCAGUCCAGUACAGCACAAGACCCUCGAUGUCCUGUGUGCCGACAAGAUGGCGAGCCAGCCGUAGCUGCUUACGAGAAGAGGUGGGAGAUCGAUAAGCUGGAGCUCAAGUGUCCAAAUGGCUGCGGUGAGCACGUGGUCUUGAAGGACAAAGUGGCACAUAUGGUAUCCAUUCAGGCGCUGGAUGCUCACCGUGCCGAGGAGCAAGCUUGA